CCAAUUUGACAUAUUGAUUCCUUGUGUUUUGCAUUAUUUUCUUCUGUAUUUUUUUGUUUUGCUGAGGCUUUUUGCAUGGUUGUACAUUUGUGGUCCUGGUUAUUUAACUAUCAAUUUCUAGUUUAAAUUUUAUUUAUGGCUGUAGCAUUAAGUACAUUAUCUAAAUCAGAAUGAAUAUCCUACCAAAGAAAAGGUGGCAUGUAAGAACAAAAGAAAAUAUAGCACGAGUUAGGAAAGAUGAAGCCGAAGCUGCUGAAAAAGAGCGUCAGGAAAAAUUGAGAGUUGAGCAAGCUGAUCGCGAGGCACGCCUUAGUGUUUUAAAAUACAAAAGCAAACAAAAGUUACAAGACUCUGGUAUUGUCCAAUCAACCACAGAGCCUAUACAAGAAACAGUGAAUGAACAUAUCAAUUUAUUCGCUAACCUUGAUGAUGCUGUGAAAACCACAAAUAGGGAGCAUGACAAUGAGAUAAAAGAAAAAAAGGAAGAAUAUGAGAAAAAGAUUGGUUAUUUAACAUAUCUUGGACAAGACACAAAUGAGGCUCUUGGUAAAAAAAAUUGGUAUGAAGUUGCACCAGAAACAUCUAGAUUUUCUAGAUCAAGUGAUAUUAAGGAUACUUAUGAUAAGUUGGUUCUGAAAGACGUAGAUGGUAAACCUAAAGUAAAAGAACCGGAUGUGAAGGAUGGAGAAGUAAAUUAUAAGAGAAAACAAGAACUAGACCCAAUGAAUGCAUUCAAACAUCUUCAUAAGUGUGAUAAAAUUAAAAAUGACUUGAGGCCAUCUAAACAAAAAUCUGAAAUAGAUAAUUAUAAACAUAAAAAAAAGAAACACAAAAAGGAUAAAAUACAAGAUAAAGAAAUGAAAUUGAAGAAGUUAAGAGAAGCUCGACUAAAAAGAGAACAGCAAGAAAAAUACAGAACUGAGUUGUUUUUGAAAGGUCUUCAUAAUUCCAAUGAAACUAAAGAAGUUGAGAAAGAAACAAGAGUAAAACCAAAAUACAAUUCACAGUUCAACCCUGAACUGGCAAGGCAAAAUUAUAAAUAAAUAAAUCGAUCCUGAUGAUGAACAU